AUGCCCUUAUCUCCCUCCUUCUUCCUCUCUCUCUCCUCCAUCUUCCUCCUCCUCCCCCUCUCUCUCUCCUCACCAUUCAAUACUUCUAUCUUCAUCGACUGUGGAAGUCCCGAAGGCUCCACGGACAAUUUCAACAGAACAUGGCUUCCCGAUCGGUUCUACUCCGGAGGAAGCACCGCAGUCGUAUCCGAGCCUCUCCGUUUCCAUCUCGUCGCCGAGAAGACCAUCAGGUACUUCCCUCUCUCCUUCGGGAAAAAGAACUGCUACGUCGUCCCGCUCCCUCCCGGCCGUUACUAUCUCAGGACUUUCACAGUUUACGAUAAUUACGACGGCAAGUCUCAUACCCCGUCCUUCGAUGUCUCCGUCGAAGGAACUCUAGUCUUCUCCUGGAGAUCUCCUUGGCCGGAGAGUCUCCUCCGCGACGGCUCUUACUCCGAUCUGUUCGCUUUCAUCGGAGACGGAGAGCUCGAUUUGUGCUUCUACAGCAUCGCCACUGAUCCUCCGAUCGUAGGCUCGCUCGAAGUCUUACAGGUCGAUUCGUCCUCGUACGACGCCGACGGGACUGGCCAGAACGUUCUGCUGGUUAACUACGGGAGGCUCACGUGCGGGUCGGAUCAGUGGGGGCCUGGGUUCACCAACCACACCGAUAGUUUCGGGCGGUCGUGGCAAUCGGAUGAGGAAUUCCGAUCGGAGGACUCGAAAUCGGCGGCGAGGUCGUUGUCGACGGAGGAGAGGAUCAAGGGGGUGGAGCAGGCGCCGAAUUAUUUCCCGAUGAAGCUUUACCAGACGGCGGUGACGGUAUCCGGAGAGGGAUCGUUGGUUUACGAGCUGGAGGUUGACGCGAAGCUUGAUUACUUGCUGUGGUUCCAUUUCUCGGAGAUUGAUUCGACGGUGAACAAGGCUGGGCAGAGAGUGUUUGAUCUGGUGGUGAACGAUGAGAAAGUGAGCAGGGUCGAUGUUUUCGGCGAGGUCGGGGGAUUUGCGGCGUUUAGCUUGAAUUAUACGGUGAAGAAUCUGAGCAGUACUACGGUGACGGUGAAACUUUCGCCUGUUUCUGGUGCGCCGAUUAUCAGUGGGCUUGAGAAUUACGCCAUUGUUCCCGCUGAUAUGGCCACUGUGCCUGAACAAGUGACUGCUAUGAAAGCAUUGAAGGAUUCACUACGUGUUCCUGAUAGGAUGGGAUGGAAUGGAGAUCCAUGUGCGCCUACGAGCUGGGACGCUUGGGAAGGAGUCGCGUGCCGGCCAAACCCACAAGGAUCUGGCCUUGUCAUAUUCCAAAUAGACCUAGGAAGCCAAGGCUUGAAAGGAUUUAUCAGUGAACAAAUUAGUCUGCUGACAAAUUUGAAUAGCCUGAACUUAAGUUCAAAUUCCUUAAGUGGUCUACUACCUUCAGGUCUUGGUCAUAAAUCUCUUGUGAGUCUUGACUUGUCAGACAAUCAGCUCACAGGACCAAUACCUGAAAGUCUGACUUCUUCAAGCUUAAAGCUCGUGCUUUUGAAUGGCAACGAACUGCAAGGAAAGGUACCAGAGGAGGUUUAUUCAGUUGGUGUUCAUGGUGGAAUUAUCGAUCUCUCUGGAAACAAAGGAUUAUGCGGUGUACCUUCUCUUCCCUCUUGUCCGCUGUUAUGGGAGAAUGGUCACUUGUCCAAAGGUGGUAAAAUAGCCAUAGCCGUAUCUUGUGUGGUGAUACUCGUUCUGGUGCUCUUGGUCAUUUACUUGUGCUGCAUCUGGAGAGGAAGACAUGAUUACGACUUUGCCCCUCCUCACGAUCUUACAUCGCUUGCAGCAAAGAGAAACAGAUACCAGAGGCAGAAGUCGUUAAUGCUACUGGAAAUGGAGAGUCAACACGCAAAAGGAAUGCCCACACUUCCACUGAAUUCAUCAUAA